AUGCACCCUCAUUUGCCUCUCCCCCCCCUAACAAACUCUUGUGUGACCAGCUUUUUGCCUCUCUCUGGUUCGCCGCAUUGCAAGCAACAGACUUGCUCAUUCCGCGACGCCAUCAGCCAAUCUCCCGUAUUCAACUAUUUGAAUGCCAUCGUCAUUGGCAUAAGCCAGGAUGGCAGGGAGCGCGCAAAGAAGUUUGUAGACGAGCACCAGCUGGCCUUCAGAAUCCUUCACGAUGUGGAUAGAAAGGUGCAGACCGAGUGGGGCGUCGGCACGGUCUUCUUUGGGCUGAUAAAUCGCCGCUGCACAUUUGCCAUUGACCCGCAAGGCAUAGUGCGAGGCAUGUGCGAAGGUACAUUCAACGUCAAGGGCCACCAGCGCUUUGCCGAGGCCUGGAUGACACGCAUCGAGCACGAG